AUGAUGUCCGAUCAUUCGAGUCUUCCCUCAAAAUUCUCGAUCGAAGACUUGUUGAAUACCCAAAACGAUGCGAUUCAAAGGGCGCUGAAUCAACGCUUCAAAUUCGAUUUCAACUUUGCCAAAGCGGACACGUCAACACUUUCGGAUCUCCCCUCCACCCGUUCACCGUCCGCAAAACGCUCGAUUUCCCCACAAACAAGCGCCUCACUUUCCCCAUUGACCGCCUCACUUCCAGCGACCCUUUGCGGCACUUCUGGAAUUCUUGGAUCCACCGCUGCCGACGUUCCCUUUUGGUUAAUGUCGAUCGAUCAAUCAGCGCUUUUGAUGGCACAACGAUCCGUUUUCCCUCAAAUCUGGACAAGUGCCGACGCGUUGCGACUGGCUGCCGUCGGGAAAUCGUAUCGCCGGAGGAAAGCGCGCACGGUUUUCUCCGAUGCUCAGCUGCAAGGCCUUGAGAGACGUUUCUCCACACAGAGAUACUUGAGUACUCCAGAGAGAAUCGAUCUCGCCGAACAUCUCAAUCUUUCCGAGACACAGGUGAAGACGUGGUUUCAAAAUCGCCGAAUGAAGCAUAAAAAAGUUGUUCGUUAUUUUGUUCACAUUCGCGAUGGCCUCUUCGACACUUGUCCACCCUAUAAUUUCACUUUCAACGAUCCGCGAAUAUUAGAGAAAUUGGGAGACGGAGAAGUGAAAAAUUGCACAAAAAUCGAAUUCCUAACAAUAUUCGAGAACGGUCGAUUGAGAAUAAAUCAAAAUUUUCCCGAUUAUAAAGAUUUCUCUUGUGCAGGCAGAUGCGCUUUCUUUUACAAGAACUACGAGAAUCGAGUCGGCGAAUGGUGUGAAACGUUGCAAAAGAAUUGCACUUAUGAAUGCGAUGUGAUUGAAGUGAAUUGCAUGAGAGAUGGGAAAUUGGAGUAUAUCUUUGCGCACUCGCAAAUCUUUGAGUACAACCGCGAUCGAAAGCAAGUCUUCGGCUCACUUUAUCGCGAGACUUCAUCUCCAAAAGUUAAAGCUGAUAGAUUCCAUCCAGAUGUUCACAUAAUGUUGAUCGAUUCGAUGGGAUUGUUUUCUGUGUUGAGACAAAUGCCGGAGACAGUUAGAUUUCUGAGGGAAGAGCUCGACGCGGUGAUAUUCGAGCAGUAUACACGAACCGCGCCGAACAGUCGAGAUAAUAUGUUCGCAGGGAUGUUUGGUGAGAUCCCAAUCGAUGUGGAUCGUCGCCUUUACGAAGCGAAGAAUCUCCCGAAAACUCUUCAAGGGGACACGUGUGAGAAACCGGUUGAUGACAAAAAUUUCAUUCAAUUCGAGUAUGAAGAUGCUGGCUAUAAAACAAUGUACGCACAGGACAACUAUUUAGUGACUUUCGGCUAUCUUCAGUGUCUUGGAGUGAUCAACCAAAUAGCCACACAUUACAUGAGACCCUUUCAACUCAUCGAAAUGAUUAACAACGAUGUGUGGAGUAAUAAACCAAUCGGGAAUCGUUCCUUUGAAAAUGAUAAUCUCUUGGAGAAAUACUUGAGAAAUUCGUCACUUUGUCAAGACCCAUACAAUCAUGCAUUAGACUAUACAGCUAAAUUCUACAAUUCAUACAAAGAUAAACCAAAGAUGUCAAUAAUGUGGAGCUCGUUGGCGCAUCAUGACGAGUUGCCCGCUCGGCAAGCUGAUCGCCAUUUUGUUGAUUUCUUUUUAGAACACAAAGAAAAGUUAGAUGAAUCAUUUUUCAUCUUCAUGAGCGAUCAUGGUCAACGCUUUAAUGCGAUCGCCGACACAGAGCAGGGUUUAUACGAGAUGAACAAUGCGGCAAUGUUUUUCUCGUUUCCGAAAAAGUUACGAAACUCUCCUCUACAUAUGCAAGCAAAAGCGAACGCAAAGCUUCUUUUUACACAUCAUGAUCUCUAUGCAACGUUGUUGGAUAUGAUUCGACUUCAACCGUCGUCGAAUUUUUCGGAAACCAAACACCAACACAUUGAAAAGACUUUUGGGACUUCUUGGCUUCGAGAAAUGCCACCAAACAUGUCGAGGGGAUGUCGAAAUUUGCCGAUUUCAAGUCAAUAUUGCACUUGCAACUACGGAACAACACUGCUCAAAGAGCACGACAAAGUUUGGGAUCGGAUUCAUUGGACUCUCGAUGAUGAUAUGAAUGCCUAUUUGAAAGAAGGAGGUUUGGAGAAAGUUUGCGAGAAAAUGAAAGUCAUGAAGUUGACCGAAAUCUACAAAAUGAGCUCAAUGGGCAGCUCGUCUUUCUAUCGGGUUCUCUUCGAGAGUGUUACCGGCGGGAUUUUCGUGGUUCAAUACGAGUUGACGAAAGACGAUGUGCUGAGGCCGUCACCGCGUGAGUGGAAACGUGUGAAUGCCUACGGAACAGCGGCUGAUUGUCUCCACUCGAAGUAUGCUGAGUAUAAGCCGAUGUGCUAUUGCUCG